AGAUGGAGGAAGAUGUGGAAGGUCAGAGCAAUACCUUAUGCACCGCCACAUUUGUGCUUCUGUGGCGCAGCCCACCUCUUUGAGGACCCACUAGGACUCCAGCCCAUCCUUACUGAGAAGGAGCCUGAGCUUCACCACGUCCAACUCACUCACCAGCAUCUCUCAUACCCCGGGUGAACUCUCAAAUUCUAUCACAAUACCAACCCAAAGUCUCACUGCAGUAUUCUGCGUUCAAUUAUCUCCAACCACGCAUUAUCUUCAGUUUUGUCCUCAAAGUCUCGUUACCACCGACUCCACCCUCCCCUUCACAAUCACGAAUCACCAAGAUGAACGCGCCUGAUCGUUUCGAGCUCUUCCUGCUCGGUGAAGGCGAGAAGAAGAUCGAGGAGAAUGUCUUCUCUGGAAUGUCCAACACGUCCGACUUCGUCAUCAAAAAAGAGGACCACACUCUCGGCAACCUCCUGUCCGAGCACCUGAAGAUGCACAAGAACGUCCUGAUGGCGGGCUACAAGAUCGCGCAUCCAAACGUCCCCGAGAUGUUCAUUCGAGUCCAGACAGACGGCACGAUCACCGCCAAGGAGGCCUUGGUACAGGUAAUCAAGAAGCUCAUGCAGGACCUGUCCCACCUGAGUCGCGAGUUUACUCGCGAGUUCGAGCUUCGUCGCAUGGUCGAGGCGGGCCGUUCGAAUCAGCAGGGCCAGUAAGGCGGACACACUUGAGACGAUGGGUUACAUCUCGCGUGGGAUUUUUCCUCUGGGCGUUAGGCGGAUAAGGUCAUUACGGAAUAACGGUCUGAUACCGAAGUUUGGCAUGGGGAAUCGUCAUAUUGGUUUUCGCAUUCCGGGCUGAGAAAGGGCCUCGGAUUAGAAAAAGUUGAUCAUUGCGCAUUA